ACAUUUGAUCAAUUAAAUCUAUUCAAUCCCAGCCAUAAGAAAGUUUAAAAUUUCUGUUGGCCUCAUUCUCUUGUGAAUGAUCAGGAAGAUAGUUUUGUAGGCAAGUCCCCAGAAGUUGUCUCAUAUGCUGUAAUGCAGUGACAUUCUAUCUGACAUGGGGGAAGACUUCAGCCUUGAACUAAAAACAAACAAACAAACAAAAAUGUGGAAUGUGUUAAGGUGAAGGGCCAAAGUGACAUACUGCCCUGGUAGGUGAGGGAAUCAAGAACCAGUUCUCUGCGACUGGAAAACUGCUUUUAAAAUAACCUUUCUGUAUCCAGAAACUAAGCUGACUGGUCAGCUCCUUUUCUCCGAGCAAACACUAACCACCAAAACGUUUCUAAGUUGUGGAAAAGGCUUUCUGACGAGGUUGGGGAGUCCGUGUGAACCGAGUUAUGGGCGUUUAUGGGUUGCUCUGAAUUGGAAACUUCACUAUUACCGAGACGUGGCGGGGCCAAAGCAGAGCUCUCCAAUUCUACAAGCGCAAGCUGUGCUGGGGAGAUGUGGGGUUGUUAACCCCGACUCCUGGACUGAGAUGCCGAUAUGGCACAGUGUCCGGCUUUGGCCACCAGCUACCGUGCAAGCUACAGCCUCGCUCUCCCCAAGCAACCAAUCGUCCACUAACUGGCCACUCUACCGUCUGCACGUGGAAGUCGCUCUCACUCGGACAACUCGGGCCCCCGGCCCCCCGGCCUGGCUCAGGCUCCGCGGUCGCGGCCUCCCGGCGCCGGCUCUCGCGGCGGCGGGGCGCGGGCCAGCAGGUUCUCCCCUGCGCGGGUCUGCCGGGCUCCGCAGGAGCGGCCGCGCCGGGUGGGAGGGGACGGCUGCUUCCCCAUCUGCGGGGGCUGGUAACUGCGAGUGCUAUCAAAUAUACCAUGGGACUAUGAACGUGUUGCUGCCCUCUACUCGCCCUCCUCGACUGCAUUAUUCACUCCCGCCGCCACUUGAUGCACGCUUCCAAAUGACCCGGCAGCGCCGCCAGGCAGACGUCUGUGCCGGCCGCGGCCCUGGGAAGGACGUGGUUCAGACGCGAGCUCCGCACAUUCUAGGACCUAACCUGAGAGCGCGCGCGCGUGCGUUAAAGACUGGAAGCCCCAUUUCUCAAAUCCUCUGGAGCAAGCUUCUAGUAGGAGCCUCGACUUUCAGCGCUCCCCCAUCGGUCCUUUCCGUGGCCGGGGAAAACCGAGGGACACCUGGGGCUGAGGAGGAACGCACGAGCCUUCGCAGACCCGGCGAUCCUUCUCGGUCUUAUGGGUCCUGCGGGACGGGUUAGCCUUGACCUACGUCGCUCGCGUUAGUAAGCGGGGGCUCGGCCGGCGGGCCGGCGGGCGUUCCCCGGGCCCGGGAGGAGCUGCGCCCCCACCGGCCCUCGCGCGCCGCCCCGUUUCCCGCGCUCUCCGCCCCGCAUCUCGGUGCCGAUCCGUCUGGGGCCCGCUAGGCCUGCAGCGCCCGGCGCGGCCCCGCCCCGGCCCCGAGAAGGAAGGUGAAGGGCCUUCCGCCGAGGGACAGGCGGUGCGGGCCGAGUGAGUCGAAGCCAGGCUCCCCGGGGCCGCCUGCAGGCCCAGGCUUUCCAGGCCGCCCUUCCCCACGGGCCUGGCGGGCCUGGCGGGCCUGGCGGGCCUCGGGGCUUCUCCGAGGCGCGCGCGGGCGGGCGGCUGGCAGGCCAAGCCCCCCCCCCUCCCCCCCAACUCUAGGCUCAAAUGUCCAAGUGACGUUGGUAACCGCUCGUUCCUCCGCGCGAGCGCACAGCGUGGCCAGCUUGGUUUGUCCUCCAGUGCGCCGCGUGUAGAGACGCGAGCUCCGGAGAGCCCUGGGAGUGGUGGGAGGCGUGCACCCUCCCGGAGACCUGGUCCGUGGUCACCCCGGUGCUUCAGAUAUGGAAAGUUCGGGAACCGAGCUCCUGCCAACCAGGCAGCGGAGGGCAGCCCCCAGGCUGGCCAGCCCGACUUGGAAAGCCCAGGUGGCGAAGGUAGGAGCAUAGGCUCCAAAGCGGCCUGCUUUUCCGGUGGCCAGAUACUUAGCAGGACCUUCCUUCCUACCGGUGGGAAAACUUCGGAACUCUCUCAGGCUCCCUCAGUCUUUGUUUCAGGCGAAGACUGACACCAGGGACUAAAGAAAGGUGUGCUUUUAUCACUAAGAGGAAAGUUGGAGGUAGUAGCAAGGCCUAUGGCGCACAUUCAUCAAUAGCCUCUUUUACAUUUUCUUGUUAUGGGGUGCUUGGCUCAAUCAGAAGAACCUGCCACUCUUGAUCUCCAGGUGGUGGGUUCGAGCCCCACGUUGGGUGUAGAGAUUACUAAAACAAUAAAUAAAUAAACUUAAAAAAAUGUA